GCUCACCCGCAACUUGUUUAGCAGCGAUGAUCGUAUGGGUCGAUGCUAAGAAAAGCUUGUAAGAGAACGGAAAGCCCUUUGACCCAAAAUCACUGUAAGAAAGGAAUGGAGAAAUCCGUGCAGAGAACACGCCGAGUGUAGCGGCGCAUGUAGAUAUAAAAGCGUCGAUAGGGAGCCCCAGUCAGACUAUGUCAACAAUUCCAAAUUUGACGACCGGGUUUCGCGACCCCCAUGCUCACUAUAAUGGAGAUAUGGUCCUCCUCCUGCCCGCUUGAAGAAGAAUGGACGCGAUCGGGGAAUGUGAAAUUAAGUCGAAAGCGAGAACAAACAAACUGACUUCAGAAAGGAAUCCCGCCCCGCAACUGGUUUGCAUCCGAACGAUCCGACUCAGCAGCAGCCCCCCGCCGCCAGCGCAACGAAUGACCCACCGAACCUUCCCAUGGCCCUCUUCUUGCUCCAUGAGAAGUCGCAGAACUUCUGGCGACGGUUGUGGGAUCGCCAGAUCUACCAACAUGGCGACGCGAUCAAAGUGAUCAAAGUUACUCGGGGCUCAUGCCCUCAGGCCCUUGGUUUGACCCGUUCUAGGGCCCGGGGUGCUUUCGAUUCGUUGCAGGCUCCUCGCAGGGCAGCAACCGCCCCGCCGCUGCUCUUGCUCUCGCUCUUGUCUUGCGGGAUCGUGUCCUCCCCCGAAAGAAGGAGCGCUCUUUAAGGCCUCCUUUAACUGCAUCGCUCGAUCUCUUUCGCUCCACACUUUUUUAGACUGCUCUCGGAUCGAGCUUCUGAUCGAGACUACGGUUCUGUACAAUGCGGAAUCAUACCGUAUUACUGUCGAGACAGAGUCUCCUAUACGACGAAUUAGUUACGGUUGGCAACUCGAAGCUCCACCAUCAGAACAAAUGGAGGAAAGAGCGAGUAAGAAGCAAAACGGCUGGGAAGACGCCUUCGAGGAUGGCCUGGGCCCCAACAUCUAAAAUAUCACAAUCAGCUCUACAAGAGGGUCUAAGACAUUUUGAAUCAUUUUUUAAAGAUCACAACAAAUUCGACAGCAGAUAAGCGAGCUUCAUGUUUAUGCCUCAUGACGCGAGAUGAAGGAAGCGCCAAAUCGACAUCACAAUUACUAAAAGCUUCCUUCGUUGCUGGACUAGGUUAUGGGAAUUUGAGUCACCGAUCCGUGGAGGCUGAUGUCUCGUUCUUUGCUCCACUUUCGAUUGGAGAUAUCUGAGAGUCGUACGAGAAACGUUCCUUCUUACAUGUGAGAGGGUGCAUUGAGGCUUAUGCAUCGUAAUUUGCCAAUACGUGGGCAUCUUGCUGAUGAAGCAAAAGUCGAAGUUCUCGGCUGUGAGAACAGAGCUGACUUCCGGUUGUACCUGCCGUUGUAGCCAGCAGUUGAGCUCGCCAUACGCAGUAGGCAUGGUGAAUCUGAUUCGGAUUCUGAUCCGUGUAAGAUGGUAAAUAAGUCAUGGUAGAAAAUAUCAGGGUGAAAGGUAGGACGGGAGGGGGGCAGCUAUCAGGCAUCGACCCUCGAUGUGCAUGGAGUCACAACAUGGAAGGACUUUCUAUUAUUUGAAGCAGAUGGACAUGACAGAGCAUGUAAAUCUGGAUUUGGACUCCUUUCAGUGCGGAAGGGGGAGGGGACACCUUUAUGCGGUGCAUAUAUAGCACGGAUUACUCUGCAGCUUGCGCAAGCAACAUUGCUUUCACUUUCACACUUUGGUGCAAAUGCGGUAGAACUGAUGAUGCAAAUGUGCACUCAUCUUCCCAACGAGCCUUCACUUCAAGAUUCAGUGCAUGAUAUCAAUAUCUGGAGCAAGGGUUGUAUCAUAUAUUGGGGGUUGAGUUUCGUCGAAUUACCGUUUUUAUGUUUUCAAGAUUUUAGCCCAUGAACUACGGUUGGAAAAGUGCCCACAAUUUGGAAUCAACUCCAGGUUGAUCAUUGUGCACCUGUGGCGAAAUUAAUAAAUGACCAGAUCAGAAGACACAUGAACGCUUUCACACCUCGGAAUGGAACGGAGCUAUCAAUAACGAGACGCAUGUGAGUUUCAUCCCAGCUGUGCAUCCGGUUUACUUGUUAUAAAAAGGGUCGAACAAGCGGUCAUCUACGUCGGAAGUUUUUUGUUUACAUGCACUUUGUCUGUUACAGACUAAUCUCAUAUGUUCUUGUUAAAGGCUGUAAAAGCGCGUCGACCUGAUGAGCAAUGCGAGGAACG